GUGGAGGUGAUGAGAAGUAACGCUGCUGGUCGUAUCGACGCCUACAGGGCGGAUCUGGAGCGCUUUAAGGCCCGCUGGGACCAGCUGAAGCCUAAAGACGAGAUUCUUGAGAGUGGUGAUCACGAUGCCCUUCUUGCCUGCCUGCAGACCAUCAGGGACAAGCAGCAAGAGUUCCAGGAGCUAGAGCUUGUGCGCAGUAAACUGCUUGAGGACUGUACCUCUUUUGACCUGGGGACUCCAGACUUCUCUCUGGCAGAAGAAACAAAAAGAGACAUGGAGGAGUAUAGCCAGAUGUGGGGUCUGUAUGAGGAGUGGCAGCAAGGCUUUACAGAAAAGGCCCAGGAGGACUGGAUCACAUUCAGGAGUAAGACGUAUGUGUUUGAGGAAUUUCUCUUUACGUGGCAGGACAGACUUAGGAAGCUGGAACAGCCUACUGCCAUGUCUGUUAAACUGCAAGGAGAAGUGGACAAAUACAAGAACAUGGUCCCGGUGUUGAAGUAUGUGCGCGGGGAGCACCUGUCCCAGGACCAUUGGUUGGACAUGUUCCGUUUGAUUGGCCUUCCCAGAGGGACAACGCUGGAGAGACUCGUCUUUAAUGACCUCCUCAAUGUGGCAAAUACCAUUGUUGAAAAGGCCUUGGAGCUUAAGGUAUGCACACACACACACAC